AUGAAAAUUAUGAGUUUAGCACCAGAACGAAAAAUCUAUGCAAGUUUAAGUUGUGAUGUUCUACACCCUCCACGUGAUAACAGUACCGAAUUAUUACUGGGGCUACUGGCAGCUCAAACAGUGAAGAUAGCCAGUAUCAAUGGAGGAAUUCAGGAAAUUAAUGAUAUUGAGAAUGAAUUGGAAAAGGAAAUCCAAUGGGAAAAUCGUGCAAAGCAUGACGCCUUAGAUAGAAUUCGACAUCGAGGUGAACACAUUCUUCAUGCCAAGUUUUGUUUGCUGGCUAUUGUUAUACUAAAUGUUGUUGAUUGUAUUCUGGUUAUUGGUGCUCUACUUGUUGAAUUUCAUCAUAUGCAAAACCUGAUUGAGAUGAAGGAUGGGAACGCGGGAAAGUUUUUAGAAAAGAUGCAGGCGAAAUAUCCAGAUGUAACUAGUCUUUCAGGAAUGACCUCUAAAAAGAUUUUCAAAAUGUAUGAGAGCAUUUUAGUGUCUGAUAUUGGCUGGAUUAACGGUUCUAUGUAUUAUAGUCAUGCCUGUGAACCGCAGGUGGAUUUUUCCUGUUCACCGUCGGUAAAUUACACAAAGGACUUUGUGCAAACUUUAUUCUUUGAACAUGGUGGAAAGACGCAUUAUAUUGAAGAGAAAAUCAGUCAUAUCUUUCACUACCUAAGUAUCACCAUUUUAGCUAUACUCUUGAUAGAGACUAUGAUAAAGAUAUUUUGUACAGUGCCUAGAUUCUUUAAACAAAAAUUACAGGUUUUCGAUGCCUUCGUUGUUUUGGUUUCUUUCAUAUUAGAUUUAGUGUUUAUUGAUGGAUUCCUCGGUUUAGAUGUCGGUGAAUUUGUACUGGCUGUUACUUUCAUUCUACCCUGGAGAAUUAUUCGAAUCCUUAACAGUUUGGUGGUAGCCGUAAUGGAGAAAGAACGAUACAAUCUCAAAAUUAUCUAUAAACAAAAGAAAAAAGUAGAAAAAACAAACACUGAAAAUGUGGCAAAAGUAGUCGAACUGGAGAAACAAGUAACGUUGUUGAAAAAGAUUUGUGAUGACCAUAAUGUGCCAGCCUGGGAAGUGAACACUAUAGUUGGUGUUCCAGAGAAAACGUCAGCACUGGGAAAACUAGCUUUCCGAGCUGCAGGUUCUCUUACACCAGCCCCAAUGACUACUAGUACUGGAGGUACUAGUACUCCAAAUGUCUUUCUAGCUGCCUUCCAGAACGGUUUUGACAAGAAAAAAGCAAAUGGCCAAGUCAGUUCAAACGGCCAUGUUGUUUCAGAAUCAGUGUCGACGCCAAACAUUUCAGAAUCUGUGCCAAAUGAUGUCAAGGAUACAUCAAGUAAUUCUACAGAUAAAAUUGGCAGUGUUAAAAGUGCGCCAGUCAUCAAACCUGUGGAUGAUACCCCAAGUGAUGCAACUACAAAUAAUGAGAACGGGGACGUUGAGAAAGUAAGGGAUGGCGAUCAUGUGACCAAGUUUUGA